UUUUCCAAACACUGACUGCGUGAGCGAGUGAAGAAGGUAUGCGGAGGAUAUUAUGGCUCACAGAUGCCAGAUGUCUCCUGGGAACCAGCACCUGGCCUGCUUGUGCAAUCCUGUAGCUGGGCCUCCUCUCUCUGAAUGCCAAGUACCUCAGAAAUCACACCUUUUGACUUGAUGAAGAUCCCUGAUAUUGGUGAUGUAAUGAAUAAAUUUGAAGUCCUGGGUAUUGUGGGUGAAGGUGCCUAUGGUGUUGUUUUGAAGUGCAGACACAAGGAGACCAAUGAAAUUGUGGCAAUUAAGAAAUUUAAGGACAGUGAAGAGAAUGAGGAGGUCAAAGAAACAACGCUGCGGGAGCUUAAGAUGCUCCGCACACUCAAGCAAGAGAACAUUGUUGAGCUGAAAGAGGCCUUCCGCAGGAGAGGAAAACUCUAUCUUGUCUUUGAGUAUGUGGAGAAGAAUAUGCUUGAAUUGCUUGAGGACUUACCCAAUGGUGUGCCAGCAGACAAAGCUCGCAACUACAUCUUCCAGUUAAUCAAAGCAAUUCACUGGUGCCAUAAGCAUGACAUUGUUCACCGUGAUAUAAAGCCAGAAAACCUUCUCAUCAGCGCUGAUGAUAUCCUCAAGCUAUGUGACUUCGGCUUUGCACGUAAUCUCUCUGAGGGGACAGAUGCCAAUUACACAGAGUAUGUGGCCACUAGAUGGUACCGUUCUCCAGAGCUUCUGCUCGGGGCCCCGUACGGGAAGGCGGUAGACAUGUGGUCAGUGGGCUGCAUCUUAGGAGAGCUGAGUGACGGGCAGCCUCUUUUCCCAGGAGAAAGUGAGAUUGAUCAGCUCUUUACUAUCCAGAAGGUUUUGGGGCCUCUGCCACCAGAACAGAAGCUCUUCUAUAACAACCCUCGCUUCCACGGGCUGCGGUUCCCUGCAGUGAAUCACCCACAGACCCUGGAGCGAAGAUACCUGGGAUCAUUGUGGAGCCUGCUGGACCUGCUGAAGAACCUGCUCUUGUUGAACCCAACAGAACGCUUUUUAACAGAGCAGACCCUGAACCACCAUGCUUUCCAGACCCUACGGAUGGUGGAGCGGCCCGGCCCACCCACACCCACACCUGUACGCUCCUCCAAAAGAAAGCCUCACCAUGGAGACAAUACCACCCCCAGCAGGAGCCAUGGAGGAAAGAGCUCGGGAAGCCACCGCUCCAGCAGCAGAGAGUGCUCUAGCUUGCCUCGACAUGAAGACCUCAACCCCAGCAAUGACAGCUUUCUCAACGGCAACAUGUCUGCAGUAAUCAACCUCAGUCCCACCCUGCAUCCGAAAAACUACCAGCCGCAGAUCUUCAACCACUCAACUGCAUACAGUAUGGAUCUGGCCAGCAGCAAUCUGUCUCAUCUGCUCAGUCCCAUCGAAGCCAAGAGCAAGGGUGACUUUGACAUGAACUUAGGGUCCAAGUUUUCAGAUGGCCCCGGAGCCAAGUACCUCAAGUCCAACUUCCGCUCACAGCAGAACCGUCAUUCUUUUGUGGAGGGGAAGACAAAUACGCUACAAUCAGGGGAGAAACACAGUCGACACAGCUACAUGGAAGCCCACAGCUCUACGCCCUCCUCCUCCAAGUUUUCCUACCUGAACUUUUCCAAGAGCUAUGGCACACUGAGUGAUGCAAAGUCAGUUGGGAACUUGAAUGAUGUGCACCUUUAUACAGAUGAGCCUAUGCCUCGCUAUUUUCCUUCCAGUUGCCUGGACCUGACAGCGCCAAGCAGUCCUGCAGCUCGCCGAGUGGAAAGGCUUGGACCCGGCACAGGCGGAAGAGGAAGCUUGCGGUCAGACAGAGAGAGCAACACCCUGGACUCCUCCUACAGACGCUCCUCCUCUCGCCGCAAGGCCUCAGAUGAGGCCAAAUCUCCAGAUUCGCUGGACCCAGGGGAAAGUGGAGGAAGUCAUGCUCACUCUCUAUCUGCCCCUCAUGACCCUUUGUCUUACAGUCAGGGAUACACCAGCCCUUUCUCCCAACAACGGCCACAUCGCCACUCCAUGUAUGUACGGAGGGACCACCAGAGGACACAUGGGGCAGAUGAGGGGCUGCUGGUGGGGCAGGGCAUGCAUACCAGAGCUAGCAGCCUCCAGCUCCUGUCUCCACAGCUGCAGCACCGCACGCUGCCUCACCACUCCGGGAGCUCUUCCAGAGAAGAAGACAUGAGCAGGAGCGAACAGGCACCCACUGAGGUCACCCACAGCAGACCCCCAAUAAGGGAUUCCACAAGGGACAACACAGCAUCUUUUCACACACAGCGGCAAAAAAGCGAGGUUGGUCUGUAUCAUGACCAGCAAACAGAAGAAGGGAGCUCUUCCAAAGAGAACCGCAACAUCUACAGCGAGUCCAUGCCGAGAAGAGUGGGCAGCUUCUACAGAGUGUUAUCAGAGCAGAGCCACUUGAUUUGGCACAUGUUUUACACCAGAUACCUUUUCUGA